UUGCCCCGCGUAUCCUACGAAAAGAAAUUUCGCUUACAGGAGAGUAGACGACAAAGCAAAGAGUAAGCAUAGAGACCGACCAAGCCGGGAAACCAAGGGAAUCGCCGCCGAAAGAAAGUGGAAGUCGAAUAAUUUGCAGUCAAUAUCUUGCUUAUGUAAAACACAAUAAUAUAGUUAGAGUUUCGAUAGAAGCGAAGAGUUCGAUAUUCUAACUGAGAAGACACUGGCAUUCCACGCAGAAACAUAAAAAUGUCGUCUCCAAGUCCGGGUAAAAGGCGAAUGGAUACCGACGUGGUGAAACUCAUUGAGAGUAAACAUGAAGUCACAAUCCUGAGUGGACUUAAUGAAUUUGUAGUGAAGUUUUAUGGACCACAAGGAACACCAUAUGAAGGGGGUGUAUGGAAGGUGAGAGUAGAUCUUCCGGACAAAUACCCCUUCAAGUCUCCAUCUAUAGGCUUCAUGAAUAAGAUCUUUCAUCCUAACAUUGAUGAAGCAUCUGGGACCGUGUGUUUAGAUGUGAUAAAUCAGACAUGGACCGCGCUUUAUGACCUCACCAAUAUUUUUGAGUCGUUCCUGCCACAGCUGCUGGCAUACCCCAACCCCAUUGAUCCCCUGAAUGGGGAUGCUGCAGCCAUGUACUUACACCGGCCAGAAGAGUAUAAGCAGAAAAUCAAAGAAUACAUUCAAAAAUAUGCAACAGAGGAGGCACUGAAGGAGCAAGAGGAAGGUGCGGGUGACUCUUCAUCAGAAAGCUCCAUGUCUGACUUCUCAGAAGAUGAGGCACAGGAUAUGGAGUUGUAGUGUAAAACGAACACACCUCUUCUUUAUUGCAGAGACUAUAUAAUUUCCUAACAUGAGAAGCAGACUAUAAUAUUCAUAUUUAAACAAGGCAAUUUUUAUUAUUAUAUUAUUAUUAUUAUUAUUAUUAUUAUUAUUUCUGCUAAACCUGGAUUUUUAUGAAUAUCUAGCAUUGAUAAUGAAUACAUCACCCUCUUUAGGUGUUUAGCUGGUUCUUUGAUUCUCUCUCUCUCUCUCUCUCUCUCUCUCUCUCUCUCUCUCUCUCUCUCUCUCUCCCUCCCUCUCCCUCCCUCUCCCUCUCGACCCUCUCUCUUUCCCUCCUCCCUCUUUUCUUUUCUCUCCACCCCCUCCCUCUCUCUCACCCCACCACCCCUUCCACAACUAGGCUUGUAGUGCUUUUCCUACAUUCCAUGUUGGUGUGCGUGUGUGUGACUACAAUACAAACAUUCACUACUGUGUAUUUUAUAUUUGACCCUGCUUCAAGCCCCUCAGCAUUUUUUUCUGUGCUUCGCAGUCAGUCACUUUGUAGAAUCUUAAUGAUCAGUUUGUUCUGUUUGGUCAGGAAUUUUCUACAUAUCCAGAAUGUUGGCAAAAUGUUCUGAAGUACCAACUAAAACAUAAUGCAUAACAAUAUAACAGUACUAGAGCCCUAUGCAGACAAACAAUUUUUGGAAGCACAAAACUGGUAAAAGGUGGUCAUCAUAGUGUGUUUGUAUUCUGCUGGUUGUGCAGUCUUGCAAAUUGUAUUACGUGAGAUUUCAUGUUCUGUAAAUUACCCUACUGAAAAAAUCACAUAGAAUUUAAGUUUUUCAGAGACUACUUUUAAUUUGAAAAAUUCAGAUUAUUAUUGAAAUUCCUCUUGUUCUCGGAAAAAUGUACAAGCCUGCCGAGCUCUGUAAUGACAGAAUAUAUGUGUAUUGGGACUCCUGAGACUGCUCCUGGGUUAUCCUCUACUGGUAGUUUCAAUCACAACCAAGUCCUUCAGCCUAGAUUUAUAGAAGCAGUGUAUCUUUCAUUGCUACAGGUUAGUUGGACCUGUUAAACCACUUUUUUGCCUGCCACACCUUUUUGCCACGUAUUAAUUAAUAGGUUUAUUUGACACAUAGGAUUAAUAGAACUUAAAAUGUAUGUUUUUUUUCCAUCACUCCUGCUUUUUCUGUCAUAAAAAAAGAACUAGAAGAGAAAGCUACACCAUGAGGACCUGUUCACUGUUACUGAUAUUCAUAGUAAUUCUAUUUACUAACUCAGUUUCUUUUUUCUCUUUGGCUUUGUUUGGAAAAAAGGAAAAAAAGUAAUGUUUAUUUCCAGUCUCUCUUUCACACUUUUACAUGCCUUCUAGUUGGUGAAGUUACAGACAUGGCACAAGACUUAAAUUUGCUCAUGCUUGUGUCAGUAGUCACAUGCACAAUGAAAUAUUCAUUGUUUUUAUUUUUUUUUUCGGGAGGGGGUGGGAGGACAAAAAAGGACUUGUGUUUAAAGGGGCUGAUUUAGUCACUUUGUGACACUAAUGUCAAAAUUAUUUUGCCAUACACAAGCUGAUGUUAAGGCAUACAUGUCUAGUAAUAAAAGGCAGAAUUAUCCUGUUCAUCUUUUAAUCUACUUAAGUUUAUAACCCAAAUAAUCAUUUUGAUUUUCAAAAUUGCACUCUUGUGGAAAGGAUUUUGUCUGUGUUUGUCUCAAGCAUUUCUUGUUUUGUAGAGAACUCUACCACUACAAGGACUGGUUUCUGAGACAUGGAGAAAUGCUUACAAUGUUAGACUGUUCAGUGGUUUUAAAGAUACACAUCAAAAAUCAAGAAAUCUCUACUGUCUUUUCCCCCAUAUUUGUAAAAUGGAUGCACUUUUCAUUUUCUUCCAGGUUUAAGUUGAGUCUAAUUUGACUAUAUUCUUUCCAGAAAUAAACUUGUGCAUUGUUACUACACA